CCUCCUUCACGACAGCAGCCACAACGACGGCAGAGCUUGCUGGCUGCACUUCCCCUGUACUAAAAAAAGUCUCAGAAGGCUUGGCCUCCCUGUUAUCUGGCCACUGCCCCCGCUCCCAUCCUCGCGGCUUUUAAGUUUCAGAACCUCCCCACCCUCGACCGCCCGUUUUCCCACUUCUUGUCUUCUCUCAUCUCACUCUUCUUCCACACAACUUCCACUUCUCCCGGCCCCCUUCCAACAGGCUUGGUCUCGCUUUGCUGCAUACGCGCGACCAGAACUCGUGUACAAAACAGCCGCGAGUGACUCGCCGCCGUCCGCUUUCGUCCGCAUCCGGUCACCCGCCGUCCUCCCGCAACAGCCUCACCUCCACAUUCCCAUCUUUCCGAUGGUUUCCGCCCUCCUCGCAGCUCUGCCGCUCCUGUCGGUGGCCCAGGCCGCCGUCAUCGAGCACUGGUGGAAUAUCUCGUACACUACUGCCAACCCCGAUGGACGCUUUGAGCGCCGUGUAAUCGGUGUCAACGGCACCUGGCCGCCACCCGUUCUCGAGGCUACGCAGGGUGACACUCAUCUUAUCCACGCCUACAAUGGCAUGGGCGACGACAAGAUUCCCACUUCUCUCCACGCUCACGGCAUGAUGUUCAACGGCACAAAUUACUGGGACGGCGCUACCGGAGUCACUCAGUGCGGUAUUCCCAACGGCGAGACUCUCGACUACUACAUCGACACUUCGCUCAAUCACGGCACUUACUGGGUCCACGGUCACUUUGAUGGCCAGUACGUUGACGGCCUCCGCACUUUGUCGAUCAUUCACCCGAAGGAGAACCGUACAGACAACCUCACAUGGGACGACGAGUACACCAUCAUCGUCUCCGACUGGUACCACAAGCAGCAUCACGACAUGAAGGUUAACGAGUUCCUGACCUGGACCAACCCCACCGGCGCGGAGCCUAUUCCCAAGUCUGCCGUAAUCUACGUUGUGCACAACGGCCAGUACGUCGGCAACAUUGCCAACGGCGAGGGUGUCAGUGCCGACUUCAAAAACAACGCCAAGAUCAACUUCCAGCCAGGCAAGAAGUACCGCCUCCGCUUUGUGAACAUGGCGGCGCUUUCCAUGUUCCACAUCGGCAUCGGCGGUCACAAGUGGUCGGUCAUCGAGACGGAUGGUGUUGAGACCGAGCCGUACCAGCUCGACCUCAUCACCGUCUCGGUUGCGCAACGUUUCUCGAUGUACGUCGAGGCCAACAACCAGACCGCCGAGAACUUCGCCUUGAACAUCAUGCAGUCGCCCGACAUGUACGAUGCCGAGCCGGAGGACCUCCCCAACGACCCCAUCAACCUCAACGUCAACAACACUGUGCAGAUUGUCUACAACGAGAGCGCCGCCGCCGCUGAGAUCAUGACUUACGACACGUUUGACCCUCCCAUCGACGACACUUGGUUCAAGCCGCUGGUCAAGGAGGUCAUGGCUCCUGCCGACGUUGAGUACACCGUCCACGCCAACUUCGACACGUACGACGACGGCACUAACCGCGCCUCUUUCACUCUCGAGGGUGGCUUCCAGAACACGACGUACAUCUCUCCUACUGUGCCUUCCAUUUUCUCUGCCAUGACCAUGGGCGAGGACGCCAAUAAACCCGCCAUCUACGGCGCCCAGACUGCCGCCGUCACCCUCCAGCACAUGCAGAACAUCCAGCUUAAUGUCCACAACUGGGACGCUGGUUUCCACCCCUUCCAUCUCCACGGGCACGUCUUCCAGGUCGUCUACAAGUCUUUCGAUGUCACCUCGAACGACACUGAGACCAACCCUGCCUUUGUUCAGUCGCAGGACAACCCGGCCCGCCGUGACACCAUCACCAUCCCUCCAGGUGGCAUGGUCUCGCUCCGCUUCCGCGCCGAUAACCCGGGUGCCUGGUUCUUCCACUGCCACAUUGACUGGCACUUGACUUCAGGCCUUGCCAUGGUCUUUGUCGAGGCGCCCGAUGUUAUGCAGCAGACCCUCCAGAUUCCUCAGCAGAUGAAGGACCACUGCGCCAAGCUCGGCGUUCCAACGGAGGGCAAUGUCGUCGGCAAGUUCUCCACCACCGACUUCAAGGGUCAGCCAUGGGGUCCCUUCCCGCUUGUCAUGGGCUGGACGCCCAAGGCCAUCGGCGCAAUGGCCGGCUGUAUCAUCACAUUCCUUGUCGGGUUUGCCACCAUUGUCUGGUACGGCACCGGCGAGCUCAACGAGGAGGACCUCGAAGAGGAAGUCCGCCGUCACAUCGAGGCCAAGGCCAACAAGAAGCCUCUAUGGAAGAAGGUUGCCCGCCGUUCGUAACUCUCAUACCCAUAAUAUCAUUAUUAGCUAGCAUGUACGCUUCGAUCUGGAGAAGUCUGCGUCGGAGAGCGUUGUCAUUUCGGUGCCCAUGAGAGAUGAGAUCGGUUCUUUGAGUCGAGAAAUUCUGAUAUUCUCCCAGCGUCUGAACUUGGAAGCUGAAAGUGGUAGGCAGAGUGUCUGUGCUGCUGUAGAAUUGGCAUGCACACUCCCUAUGCCAGUGUAUGCAGCUCGGCGCCGCAUCGG